ACGGGGCUCAAGACUGAAAAUUUCAAAAACACAGACAGAAGGAUGACGGGGUCUAUGAGUGUGUUGCUGACAACGCGCUGGGGACUGCCCGCAAAAAUGUCACCGUGGAAGUGAAGAAACGGAUCGUGUUGUACGGUCUGUUCCCCGACUACGGGUACAUGAAUGAGGAGGCCAAUGGAAGUCAUGACUAUGUCUCGGCGCCGCAAAAGAUCUACAAAGCCUGCGAGAAGCAGACCUUCUGUUUUAACGGGGGCACCUGUCGGUACAUACCCGAACUACACCAGACAUUCUGCGAGUGCCCGGCAGAGUGGGCGGGCCAGCGUUGCGAGCUCCUAGACAACCUCAGCGUUCAGGACAAGUAUAGCCGUCAAUCCACUCUUUUGUAUGAGCGCACGUUGAUCAUCUUUGGGAUUGUUAUCGCUGUCUUGGUGUUCCUCGUCAUUUGCAUUGCUUCCUACUUCCUGGCAAAUCGCCGUCGGAAGAGGUCAGAGGCGAACAAGAGGAAGAUGAAACGAGACGGGGACCCAGAGAGUGACCGACUUUUACCAGACAAGGCCGAAGCAAGCUCAAAAGGACAGCAUGCACCCAACUAUUCCCCGUCAACUCACCAGGCAACCCAGACAGAAGCAGACGCUCAUCUGCCUAACCCACUGACCAAGUUCACCAGCAACGCCAACAGCAACUUCUUGCAUCUGGACAGGACCUUCCCUAUGGUCAGCAGCGUUGUUACUGCCCCUGUCGCCGCGCCGCCUAUCCUUGCAAACGGUCAGAGGUCAGGUCACCGUACCCCGGACCGUGACCCGCUAGAGCGACGAGAGCCGCGGCAUCGCCUCAAGGCCGCCCCCGAGGACGACAAUGUCACGGAGACCCGGACCCCUGUCGGUGUGACCGCCCCCAUCACUACGGGGGGGAACUCCCCUGAGAUAGUAGAACUAACUGCCACGGGGCCUGAUCCCACUGACCAGCGAAGGUUUCUGGGCCCCGAACAUGAAAAGCAGGGAGGCUGGACACCCGAGACUUUCUCCUCUCUAAUUCCAUUUACGGAGAUGUCGGAACCGGUGAGGAUGGAGGUGCGUCCGACCGCCAACGUGUACGCGCAGAUGAAGCCGCUGCCGAAGGCUCCUAAUGCCCCCAACACCAUCCUGCACACUCCCCCGUCCAAAGAUGCGCCCAACACGGUCAAGGUCGUGGACGUGUCCUUCCCGGAGACUCCUCCCAUGAACGGUGUGCUGAUCGGCGACUCGGACAACGAAGGAGAGAGCGUGACGAGCCCUCAGCUGCCCCUCCUCCACAUCAGCGAAGAGGACCUGACCCGCAACGUCCACAAACCGCAGAAGCCGUUUCCAGGAGGCGGUCUAUCGUCUCCCUCGGCUCCACCUACCGUGUCCUUGACCCCGGCGUCGCCCGCUCGCGCCUUGGAGCCCCGCCCUGAGUCCUUCCCUUCGCAGUUCCCGGUGGGGGUUCGCGCCCCGCCCAACUCCAGCAGCCUGUCCGACGAGGACUCUGGGGGAUUCUCCGUGCGGAACCUCAGCGGCAGCGAAGCCACCAGCCCGACCUACUUCUCCUCCGCCGCCACUGCCCGCCCCUAUCACUACGCCUUCGACCCGACGGCGGACUCCGAUCCCAGCGAGCUGCUGGACGAGUUCAUGCAUGUCCCACCCAACACCUACCUGGCUGGGGGUCUUGACGACCGGCGAGAGCUGCGUCUGCGAGACGUCCGUGACAACCAGGAGGCCAUACCCAUCUGAACGCCCUCAGCGACUGUGUACACCUGUACUCCAAGAAGCAGCAAGAGUCUGCCUCACACCCUUUUGACCAUGACGGACUCCGGGGCAACCCCGAGGUGUCAUCGUGACUUUUGUGACCUUACGUUCAGAGAGACUGCAGAGCCUUGAACUGAAUACAUUGACUGUGACACAAACUUCACUCACUGUGCACGUCACCUCACUCGAGCUGUCUGUGCACGUGUUCAUGUAUUUACUUAUCGUGCGUGAUAUAAAGGUGCGAGGUGUUGACACUGGGACUGAAUGACCCGUGAACCUGUCGCCAAGGUUACACUGAGCACCUUUUGUGAAGAACAGUCACUCUGUGAACAUCGUGUCUUUCCCCCACCCCCCACUGCAGCUGGCUUUGUACUUAUUGCUUACAUUACGCAAUGUUGUCUGUAUAUAUGGUACUUGUAUUUAAUUUAACUACCUGCAGAUUAUGUGUGCCAUUUUCUAGGCCAGGCUGAGUGCUUGGCAACGAGUGUCAGACUAUGACACUAUUCAGUGGUUAAUUAUUCUGUUUAUAUAUUCUGCUGCCGUGGACUGCUUGUUGAGGUUUCCUGCCAGGUGUACGUAGUGUAUCGGGGCGAUCAGCUGUGUAAUUCUGUGCCGUCGGUGUGUUGCACAGUUUGUAAUUAUCAAUUUUGUACUACUUGUAAUAACUUGUAUAGAGAUCGCCACGCAUGCCACUCGUGAUGCUCAACCCAGACAAGGUCCCGUGUCCGACAUGGCUUUUCCAACACGCACCCUGUCAGCAUGUGACAUCACUCAUGAAGCGGCAUCCUUUUGUUUGGUGUCCUCGUUUCAGUUCCGCUGUUUGCAUCUGACAGGUCAUGUUGCUUGCUAUGACCUCGCUAGGUCAGUUUACUGUCUGUAUGUCUGUCUGUCUGUCUUUCGUGAGCACACGUAUUCCUCCUGCAUCUCUAACUCGUGCUUAACACCGGACCCAGCGGAACGUGAGCUUCCGUACACUGUCAUGGACCUCACCGACUCGUCCCUUAAAAACUGUGGACGCUUUUGUAAGCAGCCCUUGCAAGGGCUGCAUGGUUGUGUUCGUUCAUCUGUUUUCCCACUGACAAGUUCUUGAAACGAUUGUUUCCCGUGUACUCGUGUUCUGCUCCAAUAAUUGUACACUAUUGCUUUUCUGGUCACGUCUUCAUCACCUACUGGAUUUUUUUUUUUUUUUUAGAAGCACAUUUAUCAUUUUUCAUUUGUGUGCAUGGUUGCUAGGGGAGCAAAGCAGAGGGCAAAUGUCGGUUAUUGUUAUUGCUUAUUUUGUUUUUGCUCGAUUUGUGAAGGAGAGCUGAUUUCUUGAAGUAACCGACCUUUCACCUUGCACGUUUCCGUCUCAGGUAGGGGAGUAAGUUCCAGAAAUGUUUUGGUGUAGAAAAGCAAAGCUACGUAAUUUACCAUUGAGGUCAAUGCAAACUGGUUCGAAACUGUGAUGACAAACGAGGAAAGAUGUACAUUAUUAUACCUUGAGCUUGUACGGUUUUGUAUUCUCAAAUUACUGUUAUUGCAUGGUCGAGAAAUGGAAAAAAAGUCAAGUAAAUAUUUCGUGAAUAACACGCGUUUCAUAUGUUCAUACAUGUGGUCAAUAAUCUGAGAAUCUUGACAAUAACCACAAAUGUUCAAAACGAUGUUACCUGCUCCAGCCAGGACAUAUUACUCUUGUUAUUCAUGCUUAAUGUGUUUUCUUCAAUUAUUGUGAUACCGAGAUGGAACGUUGUGUGUGCACCCUGUAUGCUAGAACGGGUACUUUUCCUUUACCCUCUUCUCAUUUUCAAAAAAAUCUUUUCCCCAUCGUCCCUGUACUUGGAUGAUGGAUCUACUUAGAGAUACCCAGCCGAACUUGCUUGCUCCGUGAAUACCAGGGAAGCACUUGGCUUUGGCAAAGCAGCAACAGAAGAACUGGGCAGGCCUUAUUUAUAGCUCACAGAUUCUUGUUUUGAGCCUCCAAAGUAUCUGAUCUUAAAAUAUAAAUGCUAGGCGCCGGAUUUUCAUUAUUUUGCCUUCUAUCUUAAACGGCGCCAUGCUUGAUUAUUUAUUUUGAAGACGCAGGAGGACUGCUUCACGGAGACUGCUGUAAGCCGUUCACUCUAAUCUCCACGGACUGUUGCAUGAAUCCGCCAUACCCAUCAGUGUUGCUUCGGAUAGUUUAUUUCUCACAGAUAUAAGGCAUCACCCAUAAUCCAUUUAGAAAACAUAAAACGAACAACUGCCAAAGCGUUUUACUUAUUAAAGCUGUAUGAUACGAUAGCUGUUUACUCGACAAGAUAAUGUGAUGAAAGCAGUUUUCAAUUUUUCAGUCGUGAUCUAAACAUAAACAAAUAAACGAUUUUUUUUAAAUGGAGAGGUAUGGUCAUAGAUAUCUGAAUUCUACCCCCGGCUCCCACCCCUGACUUUUGAAGUGUUAUGUUGUGCAAGGUGUACAUGAAGCGUUUAUCGGUUGUUAACGCUGGUGUUGCGUAAUAUCCAAGCAAAAGUCCGUUAGCCUACUGAAUCACAGUGUCGCUAUAGUAAUGGAUUGGGAUGUGUCUUUGAAAGGGUGGAGUCACAAGCUACUGGAAAUUAAAGCUGCAAGUUGUGUUGGCAUCAACUGGCUGAAUUCUAUAGGUGAACAGAAGCGUCAGAUCAACCCUUGAUGUGAAAAGGGGAAUGCAGAGCCAUCCAACAAGCCUGCCCACCCAAUUGUUGUGGCCGUGUUUGCUGUAUGCACACGUAUGAUCAUAUUUGCCUCAUUAUUGUUAUUAUUGUUAAUACACUGUUUUUCAGUUGGCGCUGUUAUUGAAUGUAUGAACCUAGAGAGGAAAGUCAACAGACCACUAUGGACAGUCUGUUAGGGAAAGGAUAGAGAACGAACUGAUUGCGUACUAUUCAACGAUUUGACACUGUACAUCUGCCUGACCACUGAAUUUUGUUCUGGCACUGCUAGCCUGGCUUUUUCCCUUUUUAUAACACUCCCUCCCUCUCGCUGUCAUAUUCGGUUGUUGAAAUCGCUGGAAAAGGAUGGUAUCAGGAAAGGACAGCGUAUAACUCCAUCAGUGGUAGCCUUGCCGCCAUGUCCACCAAGGAUCAUAGGAAGGACGUGCCAGAAGAAGACUGUGAUGACGUAGCGUUGCUCAUCAACAGGAGUGUCAUCUGUUGGCUUGUGACCUUUCACGAUCCGAAGUGUCAUCUAUGUAACUUGCGGUACCUUCUUGUCGUUGUGAAUGAUGUCGAACUAUUUUUGUAAUUCUUUGCUGAUGGCAUUGUUCAUUUUGACGAACAUUUUAACAUUCCACACAGAACUCCAUUGUGCUUCAAAGCGAUGAGACUGGUUGUGUGUUUGGAAGUAUUAAGCACAUGCUGGUUGAGUUUUCUUUUCCCUUUUUUUUUCUUCAACAUUUUGCAGGAGCUGGAUGAUGGAAGUGUUUUUUUUUCCUCGUCUGUAGGAAUAACUCCGAGAAGGUCAACGGAGGCCAAGGAGAAAAACACAUCAAAUAUUUCAUCACUUAAUCUUUCUGGCAUCAAAGUAACGUCAUCGUUUGUGUUCAUCACAGGCACUGGUGUAUUUAUUUUCAAGAAAAGAUGUGUGGCGGGAAGCGGGUGUUCAGUAGAUAUGUGCUCAGUGUCCUUCGGCGCUGCUUGAGCCGUUGCUCCAUGUGAUUUUUUUAUUUUUGUCUCACGCAAAUGUGUCUGCUGCGUGUCUUCAGCAACACUGACUGGCUUAUUUUAGAUUCUCAAAAUGUUAGAGAGAAGGGAGCUUUGGAAACGGGAAAAGUAAACAUUUCAGAAUAUUGUUCAAAUGUAGUAUUAUUACAUUUGAUUUUGUACGCUUUCUGGUUUUCUAACUGAUUAGACUUAUUGUACUUACAUGGAUGGUAAAACUUUAUAAUAUUUUGAUUCAUAUUCAGAUGUUAGUGAGUUAAUUUUGUGGACGUAGGCUUGUGUUGCUAUGUUACUAGUUGACUAAUCUUGAUGUAAAAAUUUUUUUUAAAGGAACUAGAUACUGGGUAUUAGAUGCGGAAGCAGACACUAUUUUAGGGUUCGGUCCUUUCUAAACUUUAACUGACAUGGUGAAAACUGGAUAAUCAACUAUGUAAAUCAUUUACUCACGUAACCUUGAUUGCUAGUUUGUAAUAACGUAAGCCAUCGAAUCAAGUAAGCCACGUAAAGACGUGAGCAAUCACACUUAUUUCUGACAUGGCCCGCGGGCUUCAAAAGAAGAACCACCGGUAUGAAAGUGUAAUAUAUGUUCGUGACUGUGGAAGAAACAUCGUCAAUAAAUCAUGAAACGUUUGGAGUUUAAGUGUUUUCAGAAGUGAUUCUUCGUGUAAUUUGUGUGUGUCCGGCGAAACUGCUCUACAUACAUAUGAGGGCGGGCGAACGUAUGGAUGCGAUUGUACAUGUGUUAGAGUGAGUCACUAUGUGUAGUUGUAUGUCAAAACAGAUUCUGCAGUCUCGUUUCCACUCCUUUCCACACACGCACAGAGAAAAAUAAAGAGGACUGAAGACAACCGGUGGAAUGAGAGUCUUAGUAAAAGCAAGGCACCCACUAUUUUUCAAGAAACCUUAUCCAAUUGUUCUUAUUGUAGUCGCAACGCCGACUUGUUCAGCAGCUCGCAUGGUCAUACCAAAUCAAAGAGCCUAAUUACACCAUACAGCGACAGAGAUAUAAAUAAACAAACUCAAUAUUAGCAAAUGCUGAAAAGAACGGUGCCAGAUAGCUAAAAUGAAUCACUAGGUACAUUAAAAGAAAUUCGAAGGCAGUACUUUAAAUUCUUUACAGAAAGGUGAGGUAAAUGAAAAUUCCACUUAAGUUGAUCAGUGAUGCUUAUAAAAUGACAGAACCUUCUUUUAAAUGAUUUAAACGUGUGUGUAAUAAGAGAUCACUACUGAAGAAAAAAAAAA